AAAAAAAAAAAAAAAAACUCUUACCGACCCAAACCUCAUCUUCACCCACCGAUCCGCCAUUACAGACGAAGAAGAUCAUACAACCAAAGAUUUCAACUACAAUCUCUCUCUCUCUCUCUCUUUGAAUCAUGAGAGGUCACGAUUGGAUCAACAAUAGCUUACCGGAGGAAAUAAUCCUCGAGAUAUUCCGACGACUUGAAUCGAAACCCAGCCGCGACGCUUGCUCACUCGUCUGCAAACGAUGGCUAUCUCUCGAGCGCUUUAGCCGCACCACGCUUCGUAUCGGAGCUUCCUUUUCUCCCGACGAGUUCGUAUCUCUCCUCUCUCGCCGUUUUCUUCAUAUUACCUCUAUCCAUGUCGACGAGCGUCUCUCCGUCACCCUCCCUUCCCUCUCUCCUUCCCCCAUUAGAAAACGUGGGAGGAACAGUUCAUCCCCCUCGUCAAGUAAGCGUAAAAAAUUGAAUGCUAAGACACAUUCUGCAGCUGAGAACGUCGAGUCUUGCAGCUUGACUGAUGUGGGAUUGACUGCUCUUGCCAAUGGAUUUCCAAGAAUAGAAAACUUGAGCUUGAUAUGGUGCCCUAAUGUUUCAAGUGCGGGUUUGCAUUCCUUAGCUGAGAAGUGCACUUCACUCAGAUCUCUGGAUUUGCAGGGUUGCUUUGUUGGAGAUAAAGGCUUAGCAGCUGUUGGAAAAUUUUGUAAGCAACUCGAAGAACUAAACCUGCGUUUUUGCGAAGGCUUAACUGAUAUUGGAGUUAUUGAUCUAGUUGUUGGUUGUGCCAAGUCCUUGAAGUCUAUUGGUGUUGCUGCCUCGAAUAAAAUAACAGAUUUAUCUCUGGAAGCAGUUGGUUCUCACUGUAAAUUACUUGAAGUUUUGUUUCUGGAUUCUGAAUACAUUCAUGAUAAAGGAUUGAUAGCAGUGGCUCAGGGAUGUAACCGUUUGAAAGAUCUGAAGCUUCAAUGUGUUGGUGUGACGGAUAAGGCAUUUGGCGCAGUGGGGGACUUGUGUACUUCGUUGGAGCGAUUGGCUUUGUAUAGCUUUCAGCAUUUUACUGACAAGGGCAUGCGGGCCAUUGGUAAAGGGUGUAAGAAGUUGAAGAAUCUCACUCUAAGUGAUUGCUACUUUGUGACUUGCAAAGGUUUAGAAGCUAUUGCUAAUGGUUGCAAAGAACUUACACGUAUAGAAAUUAAUGGAUGCCACAACAUUGGUACCUAUGGAGUAGAGGCAGUUGGAAAAUCUUGCCCGCGCCUCAACGAGUUAGCUUUAUUGUACUGCCAAAGGAUUGGUAAUUCUGCUCUUCAAGAAAUUGGAAAAGGCUGUAAAUCCCUAGAAAUACUUCAGUUAGUAGACUGCUCAGGCAUUGGAGACAACGCAAUGUGCAGCAUUGCUAAAGGCUGUCGCAACCUCAAGAAACUCCAUAUCCGCAGAUGCUAUGAGAUUGGGAACAAAGGAAUUAUAGCUAUUGGAAAGCAUUGCAAAUCACUAACUGAGCUUAGUCUCCGAUUUUGCGAUAAAGUUGGAGAUCAAGCACUAAUCGCCAUUGGAAAAGGUUGUUCCUUACAGCAACUAAACGUAAGUGGUUGUAAUCACAUCAGCGAUGCUGGAAUCUCAGCAAUCGCCAAAGGCUGUCCUCAACUUACUCACCUCGACAUUAGUGUUCUUCAGAACAUUGGAGACAUGCCAUUGGUAGAGCUUGGAGAAGGAUGCCCAAUGCUGAAAGACGUGGUCUUGUCUCAUUGCCACAAUAUAACAGACUCUGGUCUGAAUCAUCUGGUACAGAAGUGCACACUUCUGGAGAGUUGUCACAUGGUUUACUGUCCAGGGAUCACUUCGGUUGGAGUGGCUACUGUCGUCUCAAGCUGUCCGCACAUCAAAAAGGUGUUGAUAGAGAAAUGGAAAGUGAGCGAGAGGACAACAAGAAGAGCUGGAUCGGUUAUCACUUAUCUCUGUAUGGAUCUGUAGAUCGUCGUAAUUUCAAGGUCAGUUUCGAAGGCUUGUGUUUAGUUAAUAAAGGCAUAACUUACUCCAAACAUAACUUAGAAAGACAAUUGUUUUUUCUUUUGUUUUGUUAACUUCGUAUUUAUAACAUUUUUGUGAAUUGUUUGUACAUGGAUGGAAAACUCUUAGUAUAAGAUAUAAUGCACCUGAUAUUGUUUGGUUUCGAACA